CCAAAAAAAUAAAAUAAAACAUUCUUCUUCUUCAUCUGAUCCCUCUCUCCGAUAAAGAUCAUUUUUAUCUCUUUAGAAAAAUUCAAAAUUCUCUGAUUUGAUCGCGACUUCAAAAUUGAUAAUCUAACCGUCAUCAAUGGGGAAACCGACGGGGAAGAAGAGAAACAAAUCCGAAAUACCGUAUACGGAAGCUUCCGGCAGCAACGGCGGAGGAGGCAAGACCGGAAAAAGCUUCGAUCGUUCAACCACCACAAAAUCAUUCGACGAUGAUAUGACGAUCUUCAUCAACAGAGCAUUAGAGCUGAAAGACGAAGGAAACAAAUUAUUCCAGAAACGAGAUCAUGAAGGAGCGAUGUUAAGGUACGAUAAAGCCGUUAAGCUAUUACCUAGAGAUCAUGGAGAUUUAGCUUACCUGAGAACGAGUAUGGCUUCUUGUUAUAUGCAAAUGGGGUUAGGUGAGUAUCCUAAUGCGAUUAACGAAUGUAAUUUGGCUAUUGAGGCUUCUCCUAGGUAUAGUAAAGCUUUGUUGAAACGAGCUCGGUGUUAUGAGGCUUUGAAUAAAUUGGAUUUCGCGUUUAGGGAUUCGCGUGUUGUGUUGAAUAUGGAAGCGGAGAAUGUUUCUGCUAAUGAGAUUUUUGAGAGGGUGAAGAAGGUUUUGGUUGGUAAAGGGAUUGAUGUUGUUGAGAUGGAGAAGAAUUUGGUUAAUGUGCAGCCUGUUGGCGCGGCUCGGUUAAGGAAGAUUGUUAAGGAGAGGUUGCGGAAGAAGAAGAAGAAGUCGAUGAUGAUGAAUGCGGAAAAAGAUGGUGAAUUGAAGAGUAAUGAAGGUGUUGUUGAGGAUGGGAAGGUUGAGGAUGGAGAGGAAGCAGAUAGCGGGAAGAAGGGUGAGAAGUCGAAGGAGAAGAAGUUAGAGGAUAAGGUUGUGGUUGAGGAGAAGAAAGUGAGUCCUGUUAUGGACAAAGAAGUCAUUGCUUCGGUGAUUGUUGAACGAGGAAAUGGUGUUAAGGAAGACACUACAGUGACUAGGACUGUGAAGUUGGUUCAUGGAGAUGAUAUACGGUGGGCACAACUGCCGUUGGAUUCUAGUGUUAGACUUGUACGAGAUGUGAUCAGGGAUCGGUUUCCUGCUAUGAAGGGUUUCUUGAUCAAAUAUAGGGACUCAGAGGGGGAUCUGGUUACCAUUACUACGACAGAUGAGCUGAAGCUAGCUGCAUCGACGAGGGAGAAACUUGGAUCCUUUAGAUUGUAUAUAUCUGAAGUUAGCCCCAAUCAAGAACCAACUUAUGAUGUCUUGAACAACGACGAAGCAACUGAUAAGUUUGCCAAGGGAUCGAGUAGUGUUGCCGAUAAUGGAAGCGUUGGAGACUUUGUUGAAUCUGAAAAAGCAUCUACUGGUCUUGAGCACUGGAUUUUCCAGUUUGCGCAACUGUUCAAGAACCAUGUUGGAUUUGAUUCAGAUUCGUACUUGGACAUUCAUAACCUUGGGAUGAAAUUGUAUACAGAAGCCAUGGAAGAGAUUGUCACUGGUGAUGAUGCUCAAGAACUGUUUAAUAUCGCUGCUGAUAAGUUUCAAGAAAUGGCUGCACUUGCUAUGUUUAACUGGGGAAAUGUUCAUAUGUCCAAGGCAAGAAGGCAGAUCUAUUUUCCUGAGGAUGGCUCAAAAGAAACUAUACUAGAGAAAGUUGAGGCCGGAUUUGAAUGGGCACAGAACGAGUACAACAAAGCUGCGGAAAAAUAUGAAGAAGCAAUCAAAAUUAAAUCGGAUUUCUACGAAGCUUAUCUAGCUCUGGGGCAACAACAGUUUGAGCAGGCUAAGCUUUGCUGGUAUCAUGCACUCAGUGGCAAUAUAGAUAUUGAAAGCGAGGCCUCCCAGGAUGUCUUAAAGCUCUAUAACAAAGCUGAGGAGAGCAUGGAAAAAGGUAUGCAAAUAUGGGAAGAGAUGGAAGAACGUCGUCUAAAUGGAAUCUCCAAUUCUGAUAAACACAAAGAACUGCUGCAGAAGUUAGGCUUGGAUGGAAUCUUUAGUGAAGCAUCUGAUGAAGAAAGCGCAGAGCAAACAGCUAAUAUGAGUUCUCAGAUUAAUCUUUUGUGGGGUUCCUUACUCUAUGAACGUUCUAUCGUGGAGUAUAAGCUUGGCCUUCCGACUUGGGAUGAGUGCUUGGAAGUUGCAGUGGAGAAAUUUGAAUUAGCAGGAGCUUCUGCAACUGAUAUAGCUGUGAUGGUCAAGAACCAUUGCUCAAGCGACAGUGCACUUGAAGGUAUGGGAUUCAAGAUCGAUGAGAUAGUACAGGCAUGGAAUGAGAUGUACGAUGCUAAAAGAUGGCAAAUCGGUGUCCCAUCUUUCCGACUAGAACCUUUGUUCCGGAGACGGUCACCAAAACUGCAUGAUAUAUUAGAGAAUGUGUUAUCAGGACCUCAGUGAUGGAUGACACAUUCAUCACAUCAUACAAACCUGAACAUAUCGGCUUGCAUCAGUUUUCACGUAUUACUAGGUAUUGUAUUCAGUGGGAGAUUAUACCUUAUACGCAUUUUUUUCCGAAAUUUUUUUGGUUUGGUUUCUCAGCUUACGGAAGCAAUGAAGCAAUUUUUGUUUUCAAUCUCUUGGCGGGUAUGACCGUGAAGAAGAUGUGCUUGAUCAUUCUUUUUGUGCAGAUGCUAUUCAUUAUUUCAUUAUUUCAUUUUGGUGGGUUUGUAAUUAUAUAUCAUUAGUUUUGUAAUAAUUUUAUUUAUUGAUUGUUUGGUUUAGUUUGUGUACCUAUAAGAUUGUUAAUAUGAUGGUGAAUGAAUGGUUUUGGUUUGUUUUUUGUAGCACUCAAAAACUGAGGUGGGGUUAUAAUCCCUAUUGGAUACUGUAUUUUACUGGAUUUUAAUGUAUUUUAAAAGUACAGCGCAAA